AAUCGAGGCGGUGCGGGCAAAUUUCUGCUCUGCAGCAACUGAGAGCGUUGUGUUGGACUUUGGAAGGGCAAGGUCAUGCCUGGCACAGGAGGAGACUUUAGCACAGGAGCAAAACUGUCUGCUCCCAAAGCAGAGCAGCACCGUCUAAAAGCUGAUGUGGUCCCAAAGACAGCUGAAAAUUUCAGAGCUCUUUGUACCGGUGAAAAGGGUUUCGGGUAUAAAGGAUCCACCUUUCACAGAGUGAUUCCCUCAUUUAUGUGCCAGGGUGGGGACUUUACCAACCACAAUGGCACAGGAGGAAAAUCCAUUUAUGGCAGUCGAUUCCCAGAUGAAAAUUUCAUACUUAAGCACGUUGGACCUGGUGUACUCUCCAUGGCCAAUGCGGGACCCAAUACAAAUGGAUCUCAAUUCUUCAUUUGCACUGCUAAAACUGAUUGGCUAGAUGGAAAACAUGUUGUGUUUGGCCACGUAAAGGAAGGCAUGGAAGUUGUGAAAAAAAUAGAGAGCUUUGGCUGCAAGAAUGGAAAGACAUCCAAAAAAAUUGUUAUUACUGACUCUGGUCAGCUGUCGUAAUCUACUGCCUGUAACUCAGGAGAACUUAGAUGCUGUGAAAAGAAAACGAGCCAUUUCUGAUUUCAUUUAGGGUUGUAAAUUGCUGAUGUGAAAAUAUAUAUAUUUCUGUUCAAGAUAAUUCAUUGAAGAUACAAUGAUCAGGGACAGUAGAAAUCUGAGGGAUUCUGGAUAAAAUCUUUCUUCUUAUGGGUAGGAUCGGGGCAAGGGGCAGGGAGGACUUUUUGGCCUGAGAGCCAGAGUCAG